AUGGCAAGCUCGGAUGCCUCGCCUCAACGAGACUUUGACGAUCAACAUGAACCUCCACCUCUACCACCCAGACCAACACCUGGGCUCCCACCGAGACCCAGAAAGCAGGACAGUAAACAACCAAAAUUGAUCCAGAUACUCGAGCACGACCUUGACGAUGCUGAGAUCAAGAAAAAAAACCAGGAGCCUCGCAAGAUGGUCUACCACACCGACAGUGAAAGAUCUAUCGGCCAAUUCCUGCUGUUCCUGUUCCCUUCGGUUGCCGUGACGAUAGGGCUUGCGGUUCUGCACAUACUUCGAAUGUCAUGGCCCGGAGUCAACUCGAACAUUCUGUCGGCUCUUUUGGUCGCAGCCAAGAUCCACGAAUCUCUCAUCAUCGCCUCACUCUUCCACGUCCUCUACGCCAAUAUCCGACGGAAGCUCGUCGGUUCACAGGGCAUCCCUUUUGGCUAUCUCACCGCCCCCUUCCAGCUGAGCUCACCGUUUUACCUCUUCAGCUCGUCUUUCCUGGCACCUUUGACACAAAUCCACCGGUUGACUUUGUCGGCUGUAUGGAUGGCAUUGUUGAUGGCGAUGAGCUUCCUUAUCACCGCCCUAUGUGGUGUAAGCUCGGGUAUCGUGAUGCUCCCAAAGCUUGGCUGGUGGAGGACGCUUCCUGGGACCUCUAGACUAUAUUCAAUUGGAUCCCUCGAGAGCGUGUAUCCCAGCACGAUGGAUAGGGCGCAUGUUCCGGACUACCGUCCCGCGACCAACGACACAAUGUCGUCAAGAUGUGCCCAUUGGGACUAUAGCAACCCGAAUAGCAUCGACUGGUCCUGGUUGGCGAAUGUCGCUCGUGGCACACGAGGUCUUCCUGCAAAUCUCACAUCUGGAAGCAAAUCCAUCUCUUGGGGGAAGAUCUACAUCCCGCAAACUGUCGUCGCAGCAACAACGCCAAUGAAGUAUACCGCUGCUGUAGUCUCGGAUAGCUUUUCCAUGACAAAAUCCGAGGCCCAACCGCAAGUCUCCAUCCAGUGUACGGACCCCAGCCGUCCAAGAAAGGACCCCCGAGGCGAAGCACUCGCCGAGGCUCCCUACAACUUUCUCCUCACCCCCGGUUUCUACUACCGUAGCAACCCAACCUUCUUCAUCCCCCACGAGCUCCUCGACGAGGCCUACACCUCCGGAGCCCACUUCGGCUUCCUCGACCUCGGCAACCACGCUCUAGUCAAGGCAUCAGCCACCUUCUGGACGCGUUACAACAUGACGGGGACCUCCCUAGCCCUCUGCUUCAUCGACGCCCGCUGGGUGGAAUCCGACGUCUGGUCCUACUCCAACGGGGACGACCCCCAGUUCUCCUACGCCAUGAAAAACUCCACCCUCAACGCAUCCGCCAACCCGGACGAGGUCAUACAGCUGACGGUUCCCUGGCUGAACAGCCUGAACAACUCGCUGUACAUGGCACCGGGAGGCAGCUCAAACUACGGACUCAAGUCCAGCAGCAGGGCGGCUAGCGGGUCAAGGUUUGCCUAUGACCGUAUCUGGGAUUAUGCGGCUGAGGGGGCGGAGGAUUCGGAGUUGUAUCGAGCGCUGUCGAGGUCGUUGGCGAUUUAUCUUGUUGAUGCCCUUUCCGAUUUGACGUGGUCGAGGGUGAAUUUGUAUCGAGGGCAGAAUUAUAGUCUCGAACAGGUCCUCAGAGAGGAGGGGAUCCAAGAUUACGCGUAG